UUCUUUCUUACAUUUUUUUGUUCUUUUUUGAUUUCGCUGGCGACUAUUAUUAUUAUUAUUAUAUUCUAUGCUUGACAUGUUUACUACUACUACUACCACCAACGCCAAUACCACUUCUAAUAAUAAUAAUAAUAAUGUUAUUAAUACAGCAGAGACAAGAAAGAGAAAGCAAGAGGAGAUGAAUAAAUUGAGUUCAUCUUUACCCAGUUGGACAGACUUUAUUUAUUCUUCACCUUCAUCACCCAACAUAGACAGCCUAUUUGAUCAUCAUUCAUUUCUACAUAAUGUUGAACCCACAUCCGGAACAAAUUCUCGUCGUCAUUCAGUAGCAGUCGGAGAAAUGGAUUAUCAUUCAUUCGACUUCAAUCUACUAUCUACUCAACUUGAGGAGGCACAAUCAGUAAGGCCAACUCAUAAACGCACCAUGUCAUUAAGAGAAGAAGAUUAUGCAACAACCCCCUUAUUUUCCCCUAGUUUUCUUGAUACAUUGAUGAAUGAUCAUCCUACAAGACCAAGAGAACUAUCCGUAGAUAGUAGUAUCAUUUCUGACUUUUCUCUUAAUGAUGAUAUAUUUAAAUUUAAUACAAAUGGCUUUCAUCAAACGAUCACUCCUUCUGCUAUCAUCUCAAACGAGAUUAGUACCAUGGCUGACUGGCUACUCGAGCAGCAACAACAACAGCUACCUCAAGAAGAUAAACAACAUAAAAGACAAAGACGUUCUACUGACUCCCCUCUCGGCUCCUCCUCUUCCGCUUCCUCUUCUUCUCCUCCUAUCACACCAAUGCAGCAGGUCUCAUUGGGAUUCGAACCUAUUCACCAGUUGGACGACAUCAAGGAUACUUCUUCCCUUCAGCCUCUCAUCCAAAACUACCUACUUCAAAAGCAUCAAGAUUAUAUUCCCGGUGAAAGAACGAUCAUGAUCUUAACAAGUAAAGUUGCUCAAAAGAGUUAUGGCACUGAAAAGAGAUUCUUAUGUCCUCCACCCGCAACAAUCAUGAAAGGCGCUAAUUGGUGGACGUCGGACAAAAUGGCCGACAAGAACCAAGCUUCUUACUUUCAUUCUCAGAUAAAUACAGCACCUAAACUAACGAUUCAAAUAUCCGGUGAAGCGAUCCAACAGUCUGGAGUCAUCGAAUGGCAAACCUCUUCAGGCGCCAUUAUUGAUAGCAAAAUGGCUGCAGCAAGCACUCAUGUCUUUGGACGAUGUGUCUCUAAGCAACUGUAUAUAAAUGAUGCUGACGAAAAGAGAAAGCGAGUGGAAGUAUUGGCAAAGGUUCAACUUGGAAAUGGUUUGCAUCUCGGUACGUUUCAGAGUAAAGGCAUCAAGGUGAUCAGUAAGCCAUCCAAGAAGAGACAGAGUGUUAAGAAUAUGGAAUUAUGCAUCCAUCAUGGUACAACUAUUUCUUUAUUUAAUCGCAUCCGGUCACAAACUGUAUCUACUAAAUAUCUUGGUGUAUCAACAACUGCGUCCAAUAAUUCAGACGGUAACAGUAGCAAUAAUAAUGGUACUUGCUUCGUCUCUCGCACAGGUGCUUGGGAUCCCUUCGUCAUAUGGAUUGUUGACACAUCCUGUUCAUCUGAUAAUGUCACAUCCCGUCCAAAGCAUAAUCCUCUCAAUCCCAGCUACCCUCCUCCUCCUGCCAUUGCUUUGCAGUCAUCCACCCCUCUUGCUAUUCAUUACAACCAACCUGUCGUCUUACAGUGUGUUACAACUGGCUUGGUCAGCCCAGUGAUGAUUAUACGUAAAGUGGAUAAGCAAAGUUUGGUUUUAGGCGGCAAUCGUGUGGAUGACCUUGGUUACAACAAAACAUUAGGUGGUGAAUGUGGGGAUGAAACACUUGGUGAUCCUGUCUCUCAGCUGCAUAAAGUCGCAUUCCAAAUUGUCCAAGAUCCUUCCUUCCAUCAAAGCGGGAUAAAGCAGGAUAUCGACAUCGGUCACUGGAAGAUUCCUCAAUCAAGUCACCCGGUUACUUACUUGGCCUGUUUGAAUGACGUUGUGGGUAUGCACAAGACAACUUCAACUCGUAAUCUUGUUCCUGCAUGCCAUACUCAAGAACAACAACAAUCAUCUACUACGACAGAAACAGCAUCUUGGCCAGAUAUCCUUCAGGAAAAGGAACCUCGUAGACGAUUGAGUAAUGGAGAAAGUAAAGCACGUCGUGGAAGUGUUGGAAGAGGUAACAAUGUAGAUCCUACUGGACUUGAAGGCGCAUGUUGGACAGAAGAUGUCUCUGAUGCAGCAGUGUGGACAAUUGUUGGUACAGAUUGUGCAAGCUAUACCUUUUGGACACCAGAUGAACAUAUGCCCUCAUCCAUCACACCUUUUCCUAUCAUCCAAGACAUCUCAAAGCAACAGAGUCGAUUGACAUUGACAGGAGAAAACUUUAGUCGAGACAUUGAAGUCUGGUUUGGUGACAUGAAAUCACCUCAAACAGAUUAUGCCUCACACAAUGCAAUUCAUUGUAAAAUUCCUGAUAAUCUUUCAAACAGUCCAACCAUUGAAGAAGUAGAUCACAUGACUAAAAAGAUACCUUUACUCUUUGUUCGUGGUAAUGGUGUUGUCUAUAGAACGAACUUUUAUUAUACUUUAUGAUUUAUGUACUUUUAUGAUGUUGGUUUAUGUAUUUUAUGUAUUUUUAUGCUGCAUUUCUAUUUUUGUAAUAAAU